CAGACAAAUCGUUGAAAGAGAAGAAGAAAAAAACAAAGUCGUACUACGCGACUCUCUCUAUCUAUAUUUCCUUUGGGAGCAAGGCGGUCUAUAUCGCUCUCAACUUGUAUACCCUAACCCAUAUAUAUAUUCUUCUUCUUCCUUAACUCCAUUUUCUCCUACCACAGUCUCUCUCUCAUCUCCCUGAGAAAACAAGGGACUCAAUCGAAAUCUCCUGCGUUUUUCUUUUUCCCCUGAGAUUGUUCGUUGAUUUUUGUUUUUUUUCCUUCCGUAUCUUCUUGUUGUUGUCAGAAGAACUUUAUUGUGUGUGUAUAGUUUACACCCAAUUGCUCCAACACUGACGGGUACAGGAUCUGGUUCUCUGUUUGUGGAUUCAAGGAAGAAUAUGAGCUUUCAAGUCAGGAGAGACAGGAACAACGGUGGUGAUAGGUCUCGAUUCAAUUCUCAGCAAACCUGGAUUCCUAGAAACUCAUCAUCUACCUCCGUGGUUGUGCCAAAUGAGCCUACGCUUUUUCCUAAUCCAGAUAGAAAUUCUGAAAGCCGUGAUGCCGCUGCUCCCUCCCAUCCUGCUUAUCUGCAAAGGCAGCUAAACGGCUCUGCUCCUCCGCCCUAUAGCCAGCAACAAAGAAGUAAUAACAUUGGUCCACGUCCACCUAAUCGGCAAAGAAGAAAUGAUGCUGCCGGAACUCUGCCUGUUAACCACCAGCAUCAAAGGAGUGAUUACAUUGGUCCACCUCCACCUAAUCAACAAAGAAGAAAUGACGCGGCGGGGAUUCUGCCUGAGAACCAGCACCAAAGGGGUCCACCUCCACCCAAUCGACAAAGAAGAAAUAAUGCUUCAGGAACUCUUCCUGAUAAUCGUCAAAGAGUUUCAUCUAGGACGCGGCCUGUGUAUCAGGGGAAAAGGGUAGCUAAGGAGGAGGAUAUUGUGGUGAUGACAGACCCAAACUUGCCUCAACUUGUUCAAGAGCUACAGGAGAAACUGGUUAAGAGUUCUAUUGAGUGUAUGAUUUGCUAUGACAAGGUUGGGCGAUCUGCCAAUAUCUGGUCUUGCUCCAGCUGUUAUUCCAUUUUCCAUAUGAAUUGUAUCAAGAGGUGGGCUCGAGCACCUACUUCUAUCGAUUUACUGGCUGAGAAAAAUCAAGGUGAUAAUUGGAGAUGUCCAGGUUGCCAAUCUGUUCAGUUGACUUCCUCCAAAGAGAUUAGCUAUCGGUGCUUUUGUGGGAAGAGGAAAGAUCCACCGUCCGAUCCAUAUCUCACUCCACACUCAUGCGGGGAACCAUGUGGGAAGCCUCUGGGGAAAGAGUUUGCGGCAGCUGAGAUAACUAAAGAGGAUCUUUGUCCUCAUGUCUGUGUGUUGCAGUGUCAUCCUGGUCCAUGUCCUCCCUGUAAGGCGUUUGCUCCACCUCGUAGUUGUCCUUGUGGUAAGAAGAUGGUUACUACCAGAUGUUCCGAGCGGAGAUCUGUUCUUGUUUGUGGGCAGCCUUGUGAUAGGCUUCUCAAUUGCGGGCGCCAUCAAUGUGAAAGGACAUGCCACAUUGGCCCUUGUGAUCCUUGUCAGGUACUGGUAAAUGCCACGUGUUUCUGCAAGAAAAAAGUGGAGACUGUUAUAUGCGGAGAUAUGAAUGUGAAGGGAGAGUUGAAAGCAGAAGAUGGUGUGUAUUCAUGCUGUUUUAAUUGUAGGAAGCCGCUUGGAUGUGGUAAUCAUUUCUGCUCCGAUGUUUGCCAUCCCGGACCUUGCGGGGACUGUGACUUGCUGCCCAGUAGAGUUAAGACAUGUUAUUGUGGGAAAACGCGUCUAGAAGAACAGAUCAGACAGAGUUGCUUGGACCCAAUUCCUUCUUGUUCAAGUGUAUGCAGGAAGCUUCUUCCUUGUAAGUUACAUACUUGCAAUGAAGUGUGCCAUGCAGGUGAUUGCCCGCCUUGUUUAGUCCAAGUAAACGAGAAAUGCCAGUGUGGGUCAACAUCCAGGGCUGUGGAAUGCUACAUUACAACUUCUUCAGAGACAGAGAAGUUUGUGUGUGCUAAGCCAUGUGGGCAUAAGAAGAACUGUGGGAGACAUAGAUGUAGCCAGCGUUGCUGUCCUCUCAUGAACGGGAAGAAGAACGAUCGAUCAGGCGACUGGGACCCGCACGUCUGCCAAAUACCUUGUGGGAAGAAGCUAAGGUGCGGGCAACAUUCCUGUGAAUCUUUGUGUCACAGUGGACAUUGCCCUCCUUGUCUCGAGAUGAUCUUUACUGAUCUUACAUGUGCUUGUGGAAGAACUUCGAUUCCUCCACCACUACCGUGUGGGACACCUGUUCCUAGCUGUCAGCAUCCAUGCUCGAUUCCUCAGCCUUGUGGCCAUUCUGCUACGCAUGGAUGCCAUUUUGGAGAUUGUCCUCCUUGUUCUGCCCCUGUGGAAAAGAAGUGCGUUGGUGGCCAUGUGGUUCUCAGAAACAUACCUUGUGGGUUGAAAGACAUUAGAUGUAACAAGAUUUGUGGAAAGACGAGGCGUUGUGGCAUGCAUGCUUGUGCCAGAAGUUGUCACCCAGAGCCUUGUGACAGCUACAAUGAAUCUGAAGCAGGUAUGCGUGUUACAUGUGGACAGAAGUGUGGUGCUCCUAGAAGAGAUUGCAGACACACUUGUGCCGCACUCUGCCAUCCUUCUGCGCCCUGCCCUGAUCUAAGAUGUGAAUUUCCAGUCGCGAUUACUUGUUCAUGUGGUCGCAUAUCCGCUACGGUCCCUUGUGAUGCUGGAGGAAGAAGUGCCAACAGUUCUAAUGUUUUCUCUGCGGCUUAUGAUGAAGCCUCUAUUUUGCAGAAGCUUCCAGCGCCACUUCAGCCUGUUGAGUCGAGCGGAAACCGAAUCCCUCUUGGGCAGAGAAAGCUUUCGUGUGAUGACGAGUGUGCUAAGCUGGAGCGUAAGCGGGUUCUCCAAGAUGCAUUUGAUAUUACUCCCCCAAAUCUGGAGGCAUUACAUUUCAGCGAGAGUUCUGCUAUGACAGAGAUUAUUUCAGACCUUUACAGGCGUGAUCCGAAGUGGGUACUGGCUGUUGAAGAGCGCUGCAAGUUCCUGGUACUUGGGAAAGCCAGAGGAAGCACAAGUGCCCUUAAGGUCCAUGUCUUCUGCCCGAUGCAAAAAGAUAAACGAGACACGGUUCGGCUUAUAGCUGAGAGGUGGAAACUUGGUGUUAGUAACGCAGGAUGGGAGCCAAAACGGUUUACAGUAGUUCACGUAACAGCAAAAUCAAAACCGCCAACACGGAUCAUUGGAGCUAGGGGUGGUGCUAUCUCGAUAGGAGGGCCACACCCACCGUCCUUUGAUCCACUGGUGGACAUGGAUCCUGGACUUGUGGUUGCCUUAUUGGAUCUUCCGAGAGAGGCAAAUAUCAGCGCCUUGGUACUCAGAUUUGGGGGUGAAUGUGAGCUUGUUUGGCUGAAUGACAAGAAUGCUUUAGCCGUGUUCCAUGAUCAUGCCCGAGCUGCCACUGCCAUGAGGAGGCUUGACCACGGUUCAGUAUACUAUGGAGCUGUGGUUGUCCAGACCGGCGGGCAAUCUUCUUCACAUAGUAAUGCAUGGGGAAAAUUACCUGGCGGUUCAGCGUGGGAUGUUCAUAAAGGAAAUCCAUGGAAAAAAGCUGUGAUUCAGGAGAGUGAUGACUCCUGGGGAGCUGAAGAUUCCCCCAUUGGAGGAUCAUCUAGAGAUAUUCAAGCCUCUGCUUUGAGAUCAGCAAAGAGCAACAAUCCAAUUGCUACCUCGGUUAAUCGUUGGAGCGUUUUGGAGCCUGAGAAGGCCAGCAGCACGUCCAGUUUAGAGCCAAUUACUCAGCCUCAUAUAGAAGAGAGCAGCAGUUCAAAAGCUGCGGAUGAACAACCGGUGGAAGGCUCUGGUGAAGAAGUGGUGGAUGACUGGGAGAAGGUAUGUGACUGAGAGCAUAUGCCGAUGACUGUGAUUCUUUUUCAACUUCUUUUCGAUGUAUAAAAACGGCAGGUUGUUCAGAUGUGUAUGCGUGUGCGACUGCUGUGACGAGCUGGGUCUUACACCCAUUUCAGAGCUUAGGUGUUUAGUCAGUGACGUGCCGUUUUUGUCUUGGCAUCUUUGACGUUUAUUUUGGUUAUAUGUGAACUAUUUGAUUGUUCUGUUGGGGUGUAUUGUGUGAACCGGCAUUUAAUAUUGUAACACUUUUUUUUUUGUUCUUAACAAAUGCAACUUGAAGUAAUAAAUACAUUCUAAGGUGAUAA